AAGGAACAAUCUCGUGUGUGUUGUACGUACAAGCGUUGGUCGUCUUUAUACUCUUUGAUUAAUUGCUGUAGGUUUUGUGAAAGUUAAGAGAAGAUUCUAUGGUUUUGUUUGUGCUGAAAAGGAAAUCACAAAAUCCAACCUCUCUUUUGGUUUAAUACCAGAACCCGAAUAAAGGAGGGUAUUCAAACUGUUGAAUUGAUAAUAUUAGAUUCAAAAUGACUUCGUCGGAAGUUUCUAUCAGUCGUAAGAUAAUAUCAGAAGAUUUAUCAAAUGUCGAAUUCGACACAAGCGAAGAUGUGGAAGUUAUACCAACAUUUGAUUCCAUGGGUUUACGGGACGAAUUAUUACGGGGAAUAUAUACUUAUGGUUUUGAAAAACCCUCGGCGAUUCAACAAAGAAGUAUUCUACCCAUUGUUAAGGGAAGAGAUGUCAUAGCUCAAGCUCAGUCCGGUACUGGUAAAACAGCAACAUUUUCAAUAUCCAUACUUCAAUCAUUGGACACUACUCUACGCGAGACUCAAGUAUUAGUACUUUCUCCUACUCGUGAGCUAGCAACUCAGAUUCAGAAAGUUAUUCUUGCUCUGGGAGAUUUUAUGAAUGUUCAGUGUCAUGCCUGUAUUGGUGGUACUAAUCUUGGUGAAGACAUUCGUAAGCUGGAUUAUGGACAACAUGUAGUUUCUGGUACUCCUGGAAGAGUGUUUGAUAUGAUUAAAAGACGUGUUUUGAGAACAAGAUCUAUCAAAAUGCUAGUUCUGGAUGAAGCUGACGAGAUGUUAAACAAAGGUUUCAAAGAACAAAUAUAUGAUGUAUAUCGCUACCUACCCCCUGCCACACAAGUUGUUCUCAUCUCUGCUACAUUGCCACAUGAGAUUCUGGAAAUGACUUCUAAAUUCAUGACUGACCCAAUCAGAAUUCUGGUGAAACGUGAUGAGUUGACACUGGAAGGAAUAAAACAAUUCUUUGUGGCGGUUGAGCGUGAAGAAUGGAAAUUUGAUACACUCUGUGACUUGUAUGACACACUUACAAUCACACAAGCAGUUAUAUUCUGUAAUACAAAGAGGAAAGUUGACUGGCUCACACAGAAGAUGCAAGAAGCCAAUUUCACAGUCAGCUCUAUGCAUGGUGACAUGCCUCAGAAAGAAAGAGACAAUAUCAUGAAAGAAUUUCGUUCUGGCCAGAGUCGUGUACUAAUAACAACUGAUGUUUGGGCCAGAGGGAUUGAUGUGCAGCAAGUAUCGCUCGUUAUUAACUAUGAUCUGCCUAACAACAGAGAGUUGUACAUCCAUAGAAUCGGUCGUUCUGGACGAUUUGGACGUAAAGGUGUUGCAAUCAACUUUGUGAAAUCAGAUGAUAUCAGGAUUUUGAGAGACAUUGAACAGUAUUACUCAACUCAAAUAGAUGAAAUGCCUAUGAAUGUGGCAGAUUUAAUAUAAUUGUUUAUUUGUUCAUUCACCAUCCUCACUCUGGUUGCACACUGAUUGAUUACACUGUUGUAUGGCACAUCAUCAUCAUUCUGCCAAUUGGGAACUUAGCUUAUAAACAGCAUUUUUGCUGUACUCUAUCCUAGAUUUAAUUUGUUUGUAACUAUUGUCUUAUUAUAAAUUG